AUGGCAUCUCAGGGGAGCUUUUUCCUAUCUCUCUUCAACUACCAAACUGAGAAAUAUGUCGUCACUAAAAACAGUAAGAUUGGAAUUUUAUAUCGACUUUAUCAGCUGGCUGUACUGGCAUACCUUAUUGGAUGGGUGUUUGUGCUCAAUAAAGGCUACCAGGAGAAGGAAGAAGCCAUCCGGAGCUCUGUCUUCACAAAACUCAAGGGUGUCGCUUUAACCAACAACUCAGAAGCAGGCCUUCACAUAUGGGGUGAAGAAGACUAUGUAAUACCUCCAAAUGGUGAGCAGGUCUUCUUUGUAGUGACUAAUUACAUCGAGACUCCAAAUCAGACACUGGGGGUCUGUCCUGAGAGCUACAAUGUACCUAAUGGGAGGUGUGUGAAAGACAGUGACUGUGAGAAGGGAGAGUCUGUCAUAGCUGGCCAUGGAAUCAAGACUGGAGUUUGUGUGGAGAAAACUGGAACAUGUGAGAUCAAUGCCUGGUGUCCUGUUGAAAACAGUCCCAAACCCCAAAAGCCCACACUGGUUGCAGCUGAAAACUUUACUGUCUAUAUCAAAAAUUACAUUCAGUUUCCAAAGUUUCAUUUCUCCAAGUCAAAUGUCCCGGAAACUGAUGACGCUAACUACCUAAAGAACUGUACCUAUGACAGCGAACGUGAUCCUUUUUGCCCGAUCUUCCGACUUGGACAUUUGGUCAGUUGGACGGGCAAUGACUUCCAGACAAUGGCUUCCAACGGUGGUACUGUUGGAAUACUCAUUGAGUGGCAGUGCGACCUGGAUAAAGACUAUUCCCAUUGCAAACCACAGUACAGCUUCACCAGCCUCGGUACAAAUAUGAACAACUCAGGAUACAAUUUCAGGUAUGCCAGGUAUUUUAAGGAUCCAUAUGGCCAAACAUUUCGCACUUUGUACAAGGUGUAUGGGAUCCGCUUUGAUAUCAUAGUCAAUGGGCAGGCUGGACAGUUUCAUAUUAUCCCAACAGUGAUCGCGUUGGGUUCAGGGUUGGCUCUUCUGGGCGCUGGUGUCUUCGUUUGUGACAUGAUUUUACUCUACAUGACCAACACUGGAUCUUAUUACAGAGAGAAGAAGUUUGAAAUCAUCAACCAGAAAGAUCUGAAAAAGGAGGGUACAGAUUCCAAAACCACACGACGUGAGCGAAAGGCUAAAAAGUCUUCAGAGAAAGAGACGAUUAAUCCAGCGAAUGAAGAAGAGGGGCGACCCAUCGUUGAAACACCGGACUCAUGCUCUCCUCUCUUGUCUUCUCUAGAAGUCGGUGUCACAUUCUCCGAAGACUCUAAAUUUAGCAGUGGGACCGUUUGUUAACAGGAAGCACGUCAGUGACAAAGCUAAUGUGUAAACGUGCGUCUGUCUGCUGAUACCAUUGUUCCCUGGUGAAUGGGAAUAGAAAAAACAGUCCACAGAUCCACUUUUGCCUACAGCACUAAGAGGGAAACAGAAGGCUGACAUCCUUACUCUGUCCACUGUGAGGCACCAUUUUAGUUUGGAUAUGCCUACAACAGUUGGGUUUAAGUCUUUUUUUUUUUUUUUUUUGGCUUGUUUGGAUCCUCACGUUUUUGAUUUUGUCUCCUGUAAUGUUACUGUGUUAUUCUAUAAUGUUGUUUUCUGGUCAAAUUUAGAUUUACAUACAACUCCAUUUGGUACUGCUUCUUAAAAUGAAUAUAAUUAUAAUUCACAUUUUACUGUCAGAGUAACAGAAAGUGUACUAUUACUAGGGCUAGGUAUCGUUCAGAUGUUGCCGAUACGAUACAUACCUCGAUACACAGGCCACGAUACGAUACGUUUUAGAUACAGUACACUUUUGAUACAAUUCAAUACGAUAUAUUUCAAAUCGAUUCGAUACUCUUCAAUGAAAAAGAAAGGCUAAAUCAUGUAAAUCAUGGCUCUGAUACUAAAAGUCUGUUAAGUUUGUGCAGAGUUAAUAUGAAAAACACCCAUUUUACUCAAAACUGUGAAAAUGUCAACACAACUGUAGCUCUUACACAAAAUAAUUUUGUAAAAUAUACCUAAAAAUACCGUUGCCAAUAUAUCGAUACAGCAGCCCAUGAUAGCGAUACUGUAUCAUCAAGUUAAACAAUACGAUAUAUUAAUAUUUCAAUAUUUUGGCAGACCCUUAACUACACUCUGGACUCUGAAAAUUGUGAAACACAUGUAUAAACUCGUCAUGGUGAAUAAUUAAUGCUCUGAAUUCACA